GCAGUCCGAUCAAUUGUUCCAAACAAAAGCAAUAAUGAGAUAGUUCUGGUAUUGCAGCAGUUUGAUAAUAAUGUAGACAAGGCUGUUCAAGCUUUCAUGGAUGGCAGCGCAACUCAGGUUCUAAAGGAAUGGAAUAUGACAGGGAAAAAGAAGAACAAUAGGAGAAAAAGAAGCAAAUCUAAACAGCACCAAGGCAAUAAAGAUCCUAAAAACAAGAAUGGUGGACCUGAGAAGGCAUCUCAAGAGCCCCAGGGAAUAUAUGACUGCCAUCUGAAUGGAUGCUCUAAGGACAACUCUUGCAGUGGUUCUGCCAAUCAGAAAUUGGAAGCCGCUCCUCUUGAGAGCAAAGGCUCAGGAUUUGUAGAGUCAGCACUGGUCUGUCCAGAAAUCACAGACAAAGCACGAGAACACCAGAGAGUAUCUGUGGAAUUAAACCCAAAGACUAUGAAUGGAGUAGAACAGCAUGAGUCUCUUCAGUCAUCAGUUCAACUCCAGUGUAACCUAGGCAGGCCAAAGUCAAAAUCUUCCUCAGUUAAAUCAUCCAAUGCUGCAACCCAACGUGAAACAAAGACAGAUGAUUCAGUCAAAAAAAGAGGGCCAAACAUUGAAAAAUCAGUAAAAGACUUGCAGCGUUGCACCGUUUCUCUAACCAGAUACCGUAUGAUGAUCAAAGAGGAAGUGGAUAAUUCUGUGAAGAAGAUCAAAGCUGCUUUUGCAGAAUUACACAGCUGCAUCGUAGACAAAGAAGUGUCAUUAAUGGCAGAAAUUGAUAAAGUUAAAGAAGAAGCCAUGGAAAUCCUGACUGCUCGGCAGAAGAAAGCUGAGGAGCUGAAGAGACUGACGGACCUAGCCAGUCAGAUGGCUGAAGCACAACUGUCUGAACUCAGGGCUGAAAUUAAGCACUUUGUGAGUGAACGGAAAUACGAUGAAGAGCUGGGCAGGUCUGCCCGAUUUUCCUGUGAUACAGAACAGCUGAAGACCCAAAUUCAGCUCUGUGGAGAAAUUUCUCACCCAAAGAACAACUAUUCCUCAAGAACACCAUGUAGUUCAGUGCUGUCUUCAAUGACCUCGCAUGCAACAACUGGCAAGCAAAAUACGCACACCCGGAAGUCCUCUAGUAAUGCCAAGAACUCUGAUGAUAAAACAGCCAGCGCUAAAGGACAAAGUCAUUUUUCUUCCAAUCCUGCAGAAUCUUCUUCCCAAGGAAUCCCGACAAAUAAGCAGAAUGGGCCUUCUAACCAGAGACGAAGAUUCAACCCACAGCACCAAAACAUCCGGCUCAAUGGAUCUCUGAAGUCACAAGGUGCCAGUAAUGAGGCAGACCAAAAUAAUACAAAGAGUGGUUCCAGGUCUGAACACAGAAGACAGCAGCAUAACAGCUUCAGAUCUAAACAUAAAGGAGCUAUGAAAAAUCAAGAGCAGUCCACAACUACAAGGACCACAGAGAAUCCGACACAUUCAGAAAAGACCCGGCGGAAGCAGCAUACACCAGACACCGCAGAUCACAGGCCUUUCCAAGGCGGUGUUGGCAGGGUGUCGCAAUGCAAUUUAUGUCCUGCAAGGAUGGAGGUCCCUGCUGAUGCCACUGUUCUUUCAGUGCCAGCUGUGACUUUGGUGGCUUAAAAUGUCACGGUGACGGCAGGCAGAGAAAUUUAAUCUCUUCGUCUUAGUUUCUUGCUCGAGAUGCUUGUUGGUGAAGAAAAUAAGUCAGAACAUAGUCAUUUUAAAUCUGUUGCUGCUUAAAACUUGUUGGUAUCUUUAUUACUUACUAAUUAUCAAAAUUAAUUCAUACUUUCAAGGCUUUGCCCAAUAUGUUCACAGUUAUUUUGUCAUGACAGUACAGAAUCUUACCAAAGCAGCAUUUACUUCUUAGAAAAAUGAAAUCUAGAUUGGAAAAAUAAAUGGAUAAUUAAAUUCAUAAUAGCAAAAUCCUGUUGUAGAUAUGUGGUUAUACCAGUCAACGUUGUUUUUUAGAGCAGCCUGUGUUAGAAGGAUCCCAGGAAGUCUGUACGCUGUGGUCUGCAAUGAAAUCAGAUAAUCUUGUAGGAUUUUUCAGCAAAUCUCUAUACACCUCUUUCUUUCUGUGCGUGUAUACACGUACAUGCAUGCACACUGUAUACACAGAGAGUAUUGUUAUAUACAAGAACAUUUGAAAAAGCAGUACAUUUGAUUUUAGCUUAUUAUUCCAU